AUGACUUUACACUCUUUACUCUAUUUUUGCUCAGCUGAUCUGAAUAUCUCAAAUAUCAAUUUUAACGUUCAGUAUGGUGGUGGCAUUUUGGUGUCUCUAAAGGUCACGGUAGAUUUAUGCACAUGGAUUUUGAAAAGCGCGUGUUACAACUCCAUCCGACAUAACCUGUCACUUCACAACCGGUUUAUGCGGGUGCAGAACGAAGGAACCGGGAAGUCCUCGUGGUGGAUGAUAAACCCAGACGCGAAGCCCGGCAAGUCAGUCAGACGGCGAGCCGCCUCAAUGGAAACGUCGAAGUUUGAGAAACGAAGAGGCCGUGUAAAGAAGAAGGCAGAGCUACCGAGAAAUGGCGUAACAGCCGACGCAACCCCAAGCCCAAGUAGUUCUGUAUCAGAAAGUCUCGACAUGUUCCCAGACUCGCCCAUGCACAGCAUUUUGCAGUUGUCGCCGGACUUCCGUCAGAGGGCAUCGUCGAACGCCUCAUCAUGCGGGCGGCUGUCUCCGAUCCCGUCGUUGAUCAAAACAGAAUCAGACUGGGCGUCCGAUUACAUCCCCGCUGGUGACUACACCAACGACUACUCACAAACAGACUUCGGACAAGAAGAACUUGCCGGUUCACUUGCAGAUUCCAUGAAAUUGGCCGGAACAGAUCCAUUCCUCAGCACGUACGUUCCAACUACAUCGUCAUCGGGCGGUAGCUAUCGCUAUGGCGGGUACGCCUGCCCGCGGCAUCCACCAGGCGGAUGCGCGUGCGCAACGAUAUACACACAUCCCGCUCAUCCUGCGCAUCCAACUCAUCCGCACUCAUUGGAUCUCUUCAGGCCACCUCCUCCAGCGGACCCUGCUGAUAUUAUGCAAACAGCAGACACCAAUCAGACUCAAAUGGUGACGACGUCGGAUGCAGCGUUGAUGAACGGAGGUAUGAUGGUGCAGACAGGAGCUAUGGGACCUACAACUGUUAUGGGACAGCUCAUGGGAGCGCUCAACACUGGGCUCGCGGAGGACCUAAACAUUGAAACUUUGGACCACGGCUUUGAUUGUAAUGUUGAUGAAAUAUUCUUUAUUGAACAGGUAAUAAAACACGAGUUGAGUAUGGAGGGCACGCUGGACUUCAACUUCCCGCAGCAGCACAGCGCGGGCGGCAUGGCGGCCGAGGCGGAGAGCCAGUUCGCUGCGCCCGCGCCGCCGGUGCCCACGACGCUCUCGGGCGGCGGCGCGCCGCGCACGCCCUACUCCGCCGCCCCCUCUUGGGGUAAUCCGGAUUGUUUGGGCCCCGGAGGGGGAGUCGAUGAUCGCCGCCAUUGGACAGGAUUCACAGAUUACAAACAAUGGGCGUCUGAAUUGUGUUACCGGCUUCAGUCAGCAUGUAGUCACAGCAACCAGUUACUCGUGUUUAAAACGAAUCCCUCACCUAAGCAGGUAGAACGAUAUGUUUGCAACGAUUCAUCACAAUCAAGAACCAAAUCUGAAGACCAGUUCAAUCAUGGAGACUGA